AUGAACGCACUUAUAUCCGGCCUGCCUCUAGGUUACAGGUUUCGACCCACCGAGGAAGAGCUGCUUGAUUAUUAUCUGAAAAAGAGAAUUGCCUCAGAAAGGAUUGACAUGGACCUUAUCAGGGAUAUCGAUCUCUAUAAAAUUGAACCUUGGGAUCUCCAAGAGAUAUAUGGGGAAGAGAGUAGAGAAUGGUACGUGUUCAACAAGAAUAAUAAGAAAGGCGGUCGUAUAAAUAGAUGCACAGCAGGUGGUCGGUGGAGGGACACAGGGCAUGAGAAGGAAAUACACUCGAAUACUGAUCAUGAUCUGAUUGGAAGGAGAAAGACUCUAGUCUUCUGGCACAAAGGGCGUUCUCACAAUGCACAAAUAUCAGAGUGGAUCAUGCAUGAAUACAGACUUGAAACUCCUCAGGAGGUGGCAUGGGUCCUUUGCCAUGUCUUCAGGAGGGAAAUUACAGUUCAGAGGAAAAGAAAAUAUCGUGAUAAUGAGGAAGCAGCAGCAUUGGAGAAAGGUUCAAAGAUAUGUGGGGAAGAGAGUAGAGAAUGGUACUUGUUCAACAAGAAUAAUAAGAAAGGCAGUCGCAUAAAUAGAUGCACAAUAGGUGGUCGGUGGAGGGACACAGGGCAUGAGAAGGAAAUACACUCGAAUACUGAUCAUGAUCUGAUUGGAAGGAGAAAGACUCUAGUCUUCUGGCACAAAGGGCGUUCUCACAAUGCACAAAUAUCAGAGUGGAUCAUGCAUGAAUACAGACUUGAAACUUCUCAAGCAAGAGGUGGCAUGGGUCCUUUGCCAUGUCUUCAGGAGGGAAAUUACAGUUCAGAGGAAAAGAAAAUAUCGUGA